CGGGGAGCGGCCGGGACGAGGAGCGGGCGGCGCCGGCAGCCGCGGGCGGCGGAGUUCCAGGACUUUUGCAUCGAAACAGAGAUAUGAAGCACUGUGGCCUGUGAUAUUUAUUUUUGCUGUUUUCACCACUGGAGGAUGGCCAACAGACUCUGUGAAAAUGGUUCUGGUCAGUACCACUGCACCCACACCAGCCAACCUCUUGAAAUCAGCUACAUGUUGGUCCUGAUUAUAUUUGGAAAAGUCUUCCUUGAUUUCUUCAUGUUGCAAAUUAAGCCAAAACAUGUGAAAGUCAAUUUUAUGGGAUACUUCUGCAUUUCAGUGGCACUUCUUGAUUUUGCACUGCUGCUGAGUAUCUGUUUCAUUUUCUGUUUUGAGGACUUUGCACUCUGGGGCGUGCGAUUCACAGAGUACCACAUCUGCCUCUUCACUCAGAUCACUUCUCUGACCUACGGGAUUUUGCCUUACCCAGUGUAUCUUGUGGCUGCUCUGGAUUAUUACACCACCGUCCCCCAAACAUCCCAAUUCCCUAAAACAGGUCGGAAGUUACUUUAUGUAUUUGCUGUGGUGCUUAUAUGGAUUUCCAGGUUUUUUUGCACUCUCCAAGUUCCCGCUGUCUCUGAAGAGCUGGAAAUGCAGAACAGUGUUUCCCCUUCGCAGUGCCCUCUCUCUGGCAGCCUGCAGAGCUACUGGGUGUCGUGUGCCAUGGUGCUGCUGCUGGCCACGGCUCUCCUGGCUCGCUGGAAGGAGGUGACAACCAUGCUGCUGUCUGCCAGGCUCCUCUCCUUUUCCAGCCAGCCUGUGCUGCUGUUCCCCUACGUGCCUAACAACAACAACACUCGCUUCAAGUGGCAGCUCCUGAGCAGGCUCCUCCUGUGUUUCCUCGGCACUUGGGCGCCGUUUGUUGUUCUCCAGGUGGUGGUUCUGCUCCUGGGUGUGCAGAUCCCAGCCUAUGUGGAGAUGAACGUGCCCUGGCUGUACUUCAUCAACAGCUUUCUCCUGGCAGCAGCCUACUGGUGCCGGUGCCACCAAGUGGAGCUGACAGAGGAAGGGUGGUGCACAGACCCCUUUGUCAGCUGGAAAUUCUGCUUUAUGCCGUUCAACAAUGAAAGCACAGAGCCAGCUGAUAAGCCAGGCGCAGUAAUCGUCAACUGUUAAUGAGCUGCCGACGGAAAAGGCUGCAAAGAAGAACUCUGAUGCUGGCUGGCUGGGUCCUUACAGACAAUACAAGGAAACAUCUCCAGAGCUUCACUCCGUGGAAAUAAGUUCAGUGUCCAGCAAUACUUCAGUGGAUAUUGCACUGCGGUUCAGGACACCGAGUCCCAGUGGGCAGCAAGCACUGCCACGCCAGGGAAUUCAACUUCAAAUUACAUGUUUAAAAAAACACUGCUUAUAUAGGACAAGUUUUCAGUUCAACUUCGUGUUUCUGGCUAGAAUUCUACAGUUCCUUUAACUGGAAUUAUCUCAGGUUUUACAGUACAAAAUGCAAUAAAGUCUUCAAGGCUGGAGUUACAUACAGAAGCUGACCUAAGUGUGAAAAACGAGGUUCAGUCUCCUGUUAAAUUUUAAAAGUUUUAAUAAAGACAAUAAGAGACAGAAAAUAAAGCAAAGAGUAAUGGCUGGGUGCCUUGGCACUCUGCCAAGAGCACACCUGGUGUCUUGGGAACAUUCCUUUUAUACCAUUUUGCUGUAAUGGUUAAAUGCAUAUUCAAACUUUUCCAAGAACUAUUUUGGAUGGCUACUCCUUGGGUCUGCCUGUUUAGAGCAUGCACUUUUCAGGUUUAAUUUCCCCUUUAUCAUUUUUGUAUUUGGGCUGGGGUUCUUUCUUCCACAGGCAGUAAGUGUUGACAGCAGCCUGGGCCCCAUCAUCUGUUUACUGGAGGUUAUCUUGCUUUGCUCAGGCAGGACCUAACCCUAACGUCCAAAAUUCUUCUUAACCUAAGCCUAAAUUUUAGCUAAUAGCAGGAGAAAAAGAAAAAGACAUAGCAAAAGCUAUCUAACAUUAUACACAUAUAACAUUCAUAUUAAUACUUGUGAAAAGCCAGUAUCACACUACGUAUUUAUAAGGUUCAAAUGACUUUUUGAAGUGUAUUUUGUUGUUAAAAUGUGGGGUUUUGUCAGCUUGAUGGAAAGGUUGCUGUCUAACAAGAAAUAACUUGUUUUAGUUAAAGAUACGACUCCUACAGAAAUAGAAACUUUAUAUAGUACAAAACCAGUGCAAAAGCAGUGCAACAUGUGCAAUUUCCACGGCCACAGGAGAGGUGCUGCUUCAUUGCUUCUUUUCUGCUGCUCCUCUAAGGUACAUGAACAUAUUAAAAACAAAAUAAUUAGAGCAACAAGCAUCAAGGUUAGCUGCUAUACAUAAAUAAAUGCCCAAGGUUAAAGAAUGGUUUAAAUUAAAAUAUAGCUUAUUUUGAAGACAAAAUUACUUUAAAAUAGUUAAAUAUGAAGUGGGACUAUUUUAGCAGGG